AUGGGCAUGCCAUCGCAGCCGGCGUCCAACGCCAUCAUCUACCUUACUCUGGGUGCUUUCUUGGUCCUGGGAUGCUUCAUCGCAUGGCGACUGCGACACCAGUCCAAGACCGAGUGGCUGUCCAGCAAUCGUACACAAAAGGGCGUCCCGCUCGCCUUCAACUUCAUCGCAUCGGCUCUCGGAUCUGGUAUUCUAUUCACCUACCCCCAGAUUGCCACCAUUGCUGGUGUGCAAGGCCUGCUAGUGUAUGCACUGGCUUCGGCUCUGCCGCUUCUGGUCUUUGGCGCGCUGGGUCCCAUCAUCAGGCGCAAAUGUCCAGAAGGCUUCGUCUUGACCGAAUGGACCAGGCAGCGUUACGGAGUGGUCGCAGGCAUAUUUCUCAGUGCCUGCACGCUCAUCACCAUGUUUCUGUACAUGGUUGCUGAGCUUUCGGCGCUGCAGCAGAUUGUCACGCUUCUAACCGGCUUGAAAGGGCUUCCUGUAGUCAUUGUUGAGUGCGCCGUCACUACCAUUUACACCUCGCUUGGCGGCUUCAAAGUCUCCUUCGUAACGGACAACAUCCAGGGUGUUAUGGUCAUUGGUCUUAUCAUCAUGGGAGUCAUUGCUGUGGGAGUAGAAACCCAUAUCGACCGCUCGCUGAUUGAUAAAUCCGGCUACCUCGAGCCCAGUCUGCUCGGCUGGCAACUCAUCUACAUUCUCCCUGUAGCUGUUCUUACCAACGACUUCUUCCUGUCGGGAUUCUGGAUGCGCACCUUUGCUUCUCGUACAGACAAGGACCUCUGGAUCGGAGUUUCACUCGCAAGCAUGGGCAUACUCAUCAUUCUGACGCUUCUUGGUGUCGCUGGUAUGCUCGCCGCAUGGUCUGGUGCCUACAAGAUUGGUGACGCAGCCACUGGCUCACUUGCUCUCUUUCUUCUCCUCAAUCAGUUGCCCUCGUGGGUCGUGGGUGUGGUUCUCGUUAUGACCAUCUCCCUUUCAUGCGCCGCAUUCGACUCCUUCCAGUCGGCUAUGAUUAGCACGGGAAGCAACGACUUUUUCCGCAACAAGCUGAAUAUUUGGGUAAUCCGCGCUUGUGUCGUCGCCCUCAUCUUCCCCGUCGUCGUUGUCGCACUGCGCAGCCCGGACAUCUUGCAGAUCUUCUUGAUUAGCGAUCUAGUUAGUGCAGCUGUUGUUCCUUGCCUAGUCAUUGGCCUGAGCGACAGGUUUUACUGGUACCGUGGUUUCGACUUUGUGGUCGGUGGGCUGGGAGGCAUCUUUACAAUCUUCCUGUUUGGCCUCGUUUACUACGAUGGCGAUGUUACCCUUGCCGGAAAAUUGCUCUUGCUUGAGGGUGGACUCUACGGAAAUGACUGGAGCGCUUUUGGCGCCUUCGUAGCGGCACCAGUCGGUGGUCUUCUCUGGGCCUUUGGCGCCUGUGGUCUUCGUAUCGGCUUCCUUUGGGUCAGAGCCAGGGUCCAGGGCCGUCGCUUUGACGCUUUCGACCGGCCUAUUCCACAACCUAUUGAUAGGCCUGGUGCGUUUGACGACCAUGACGCUGUGAUUGAGAACAGUAGUGUUCAGGCUGGCCAUAAGGGAACAUUCUUUUGAGGGCAUGCAAACAGCAACUCGAUCGUCAUCUAGAGGGGGCAUCAUUCAGCGAGCUUAGAUGAAAGGAAAAGUUCUGAUGAUGUUGUGCGGGGUUAACAGACGCGGACAAGGGAAGAGAAACAUGUAGUACUCCGAGCGUACCAAAAAUCGAACAUU